AGUUCACUGCUAUUUUCGCAAUCAUUGCGCCUCUCACCACUCCCCAAUCCCCUACUUGUCCCUAUAACAUCCCCUCGCCGGCCGGCCUCUUCCGCCGCCGCCCUCCGCCACCCUUUUUACUACCACCAACAAACAACAAGUGUGGCGAAAAUGGUGUAUGGGGUUUAGAAAUUAGGUGGAUGGAAAAUAGUUAUGGGUUUGUUGAGGCGCAUCAUGUUGCUCAACAAAGGCGGCGUCAAAAGCUAAGAGUUGCACAAAAUGUGGAUAUUCAUGAAGGUUUCAAGAACAAUGGGAUUUUGGGGUCUGAUCAUAAUCAAGCUAUGAUGAUGAUCAAUUUCUCCUCCAGAGAUCAUUUGGGGAAUCACGACGACGAUGCAGAGGCGUCAUCAUUUUCGACUUGUUAUGAUCCCCAGCAGCAAAGUUGUGAUUGGGUGGUGAACUGUGGGAGUGAGUCUAUGUUGAGUGAUCACAUUGGGUUCCAAAAGGGUGUGGGAGAUGCAGAAUUAUUGUUGCAAUUUCCUGCUCCUGCUCCUCCGCCGCCCCCGAUUUACCCGAAUUCGCUCGAGGAAAUGACGGUCGUUGUGCAGCAUAACUUCACAGAGAUCAACCAAGAACAGGAGGAAGGUGGGAGUAGAAAUCAGGGCCAUUUGUUGGGUGGUUAUGACACUGCUUCUUGGAUGGACAGAGGAGCUAAUUUCUAUAAUAACUGCCGUGGUUGGGGUGGUGAUCAAUUGAGAAAAAGUAGUGAUGAACAUGAUCAUAAAUUGAGGAGUUUCAGUUUCAUGAGUUGUGAUUCCAAUCCUCAGGCUCUAUCGCUCUCGCUCUCGUCAAAUCCGUCCUCGAAAUUGCCUGCCAACACUGCUCAGUUUGUUGAAGAUCGUCCCGCGGAGGAGUUGUUGCAGGGAAGUGUAAGGAAAAAUAAUGUUAAGGCUGAGAGUUUAAUGUGUAGAUUGCCGAAGCCAUCAUCAUCAAAUUAUGGGAAGUCUCUUCAAGAUCAUGUGGCCGGGGUUGUUGUUCCUGUGAACUCGUAUCGGAACACUGGUCCGCUUGGUCCCUUUACCGGAUACGCCACCAUUUUGAAGAGUUCUAAGUUUUUGAAGCCGGCUCAGUUGUUGUUGGAUGAAUUUUGUGGCUCCAAUGGCCACAAUCACAAGUUUGUGGAACCAUGUACAUCUGAUGCAGCCCUUAAUGAGCUUAGAAAUGAGGCUGUAGUUAACUCCGGGAAUAGUUCGUGUCAGGAAGCCUCUACUUUCUGCGGUUCGAACGAAACAAAUGUGAGUGGAGUUGGAAGCAUCUCUUCGGAAUCUCAUCAACCGGAGUAUCAGCAAAAGAAAGCAAAACUUGUGUAUAUGCUAGAGGAGGUUUGCAGAAGAUACAAACAGUACAAUCAGCAAAUGCAAAUGGUUGUUUCCUCCUUUGAAUCAGUGGCUGGUCUUAGUUCUGCAACCCCCUACAUUUCCCUGGCUCUCAACACAGUCUCGCGACACUUCCGGUGCCUGAAAAACGCCAUCUCGGACCAAUUGAAGUAUCUCAGGAAGGCACUGGGGGAGGAUUUGCCAUCCCCUUCACCCGGGACGAGCGGCGCCAGUGGCGAUCCGAAUUUGGCCCGGCUCAAAUACAACAAUACGGAGCAGAAAUCUGGUCUUGUUAACAACAUGGGAUUCCUCGAGUCCCAACACGUGUGGAGGCCACAGAGAGGUUUGCCAGAACGUGCUGUGGCCAUUCUUAGAGCCUGGCUCUUCGAGCAUUUUCUUCACCCGUACCCCACGGACACAGAUAAGCACAUGUUAGCCACUCAAACGGGGCUAUCUCGAAACCAGGUGUCUAAUUGGUUCAUAAAUGCUCGAGUUCGGGUUUGGAAGCCAAUGGUGGAAGAAAUACACAUGCUAGAAACCAAAGGCUUGACAGAAAUGAACAAAAUCCAUGCUACCAAUAAAGAUGGAAGCUGUACAAUAGAGAACAACACAGCUGGUUGGAGCAGCAGUAAUGAGCAACAACAUGAUCCUCUAAAAAGCCAUGAUGCUGUAAAUGAAAUUGUUGCCAAUCAUCACAGAAAUGGCCUUUCCAGCGACCCCAAAUUGGGCAUGGAUGGGGAAUUGAUGGGCUUCAUGCCAUAUCGGCCGAGCGGGGUCGAGGUUGGAGGCCUCGGAGCUGUGUCUCUGACAUUAGGCCUUCGCCACCGUGAGAGUGCUCAGCAGCAGCAGCAACGGCGCCAAUUGCAGGCACAAGAUGACCAGCUCGUACGCCACUUCGGAGGCGAAAUGAUCCAUGAUUUCGUGGGGUAAUUUCGCCACUCGAUUCGCUACUCAGGAACUUUUUGGUGGAGAUGAAAAAACAUGGCAAGAAAUUGGUUUGAUGCCAUCGUUUAACAUAUCCAUUUCAAAACUAACAAACGACCCACAAAAAUUCAUUGCCCCAAGUCUUGAUUUCAAAAUAGAAAAUUGGGUUGAGAAAAAGAAAGAGAGAGAGAAGAGAGAUCUAGAUUGUCAGUGAGUUGUUUAAGUGCUGGAAAAGUGUAUGUAAACCGUAGAAAAGUUCAAUUAAACAAGUAAAGAUUUGAACUUUCGA